CCAUCAGCUGCGUCUUCCAAGGCAUCGCAGCGGAAGUAUAAGCAAUCGCUGAUCGGCAAAAGCGUUUUCGAGAAUCACUGUAAGAGGCUCGUUCCCAGCAUUCGGUCGUUCUUUAUUCGCUCUCUUUUUACACGGUAUGGACUCGAGGCGUGUGAGACUGCCUGC